GAGGACGGAUGUGUGUUUAUUGGGGAGUGUCCGGGGGGGUUAGCAUGUUUAUAAGAUAGGCACCAUCGUCACCAUCCUGCAGAUUUCGGAAAGAAAGCUUCUAAAGAACAAGUGAGAAACUGAUUUUUGGCUGUGUUGCACUGGAUUUUAAUUCAAGCUGAUGACGUGUCUGCAGAAAAGCAGAGCGGAUCUGAGAAGAGCCAACUAAUGCGAGUCGGCAAGAACGAUUAAAUGGAGUCCAACAUGUCGGACGCAGACUCCCUGACCUCCCCUUCGCCGCCUCCUUUCUUCCAAUGCGACUACACAGACUGGUCUCCCUCCUUCUCUAUCAUCCCCUCCAUCUACCUGUUGGCCUUUGUGCUGGGUUGCCCGGGCAACGCUCUGGUGCUGUGGGCCUAUCUCGACCGAGGCGAUGGGAGCAGGAGAAGUCCCGUGGGAUUUGCCAUUCCGUGUUGCCGAGAGUCCAGAAGAAACGCCUCCUCCAUCUCUAGCUCCUCGUCUCUCGGGGCCCCGCGCCCGUCCCGCUCCCUGACGGACUCUUUAAUAGCUAGCUUAGCAUUAGCAGACCUCUGCUUCCUGGUGACCCUUCCCCUGUGGGCGGCGUACACGGGCCUGGGCUACCACUGGCCUUUCGGCCAGACGCUGUGCCAGCUCAGCAGCUUCCUCACCGCCCUCAACAUGUACGCCAGCGUCUUCAGCCUGAGCGUGCUCAGCGUGGAGCGCUACUGGGUCUUGACCAGGUGCCCUCGCCAACACCAUCCCACCCGGGCCUCGUGGCCGCUGACAGGCUUGUGGCUCCUGGCAGGGGUUCUGGCACUUCCCGGCUUGCUUCUGCGCUCAGUGCAGGAGUCCGACUGGCCCGAUGAGUCGUGUUCUACAGCCUGCAGGAUGGACUACUCCAUGUUGAUGGGAGACGAGCCAGAUGAGGACGAGAGGGAGCGCGCCCAGAUGUGGUGGGCGGCGGUUCUGAGCCUCAAAUCCACACUGCUCGGCUUCCUUUUGCCCCUCGUGGUCCUGCUGGUGUGCUACUGUUCCUUGGCCCGUCUCCUCGGCAAACACUUUGGCCGUGGGCCUCGACCCGACCGCCGCCGCCAGCGCAGGCUCCUCCGGGUCAUCGUAACUCUAGUAUUGGCCUUCUUCCUAUGUUGGCUGCCUCUGCACGUCAACAAGACUUUGUCCCUGCUCCUGGAGUUUGGGUUUCUGCCGUACUCUUGUACCUUGGAUCAGAUCCUGCUGGCGGCCCACCCGUACGUUACGUGCGUAGCCUAUCUCAAUUCCUGCCUCAACCCGCUGCUCUACGCCGCCUGCGAUCCAUCGUUUCGAAAGAGAUGCAGGCGGACGCUGCUGCGGGAGAAGGGAAAACGAAAGGAGGCACAGAAGGAGGGGGGGGAUUUCUAUGGCCCUGCACAGGAGGAAACGGCAGACAAGAUGGCGGGAGUGGACGUGGCCACUGAGCAAAUAUGAUUUACUUCAACUACUGUAAAUGUGUGAUUUUCCUUUCAUGUUUACUAUAUAGUUGCACUUUUGCUUUUGUAUUAAAAAUAAAA